CGUCGCCCGGCAACGCUCUGUCGCCAUUUCCUGCGGGGCCUAGCAUAGGAGAGCUGUCAGUGAAGCCGAAGCAGUCGGGAAGAUGCUGUCCGUCCCGGGUACCGGCGGUGGCGGCCUGUCGCCUGGUUUCAGCGGAGGGGAAUCCGGGUCGGGAUCGGGCGGCGGAGGCGACUUCCUGACGCGCUACCGGCUCGUGUCGACCAAGCUCCGCCGGCGCUUCCUGCGCAAGCCGAACGUGUCUGAGGCGGCCGAGCAGUUCGCGGCGCUGGCCAGGGAGCUGCGGGCCCAGGAGAGCCUCCCGUACGCGGCCUGGUGCCAGCUAGCGGUGGCGCGCUGCGCCCAGAGCCUCGGGCACGCGCCCGGAGAAGCGGCGGCGCUGGGCGAAGCGGCGCGCCUCUGGCUCAAGCACGAGCGGGAGCUCCGCCUGCGCCAAGGCCCCUGGCUGGGACUGUCUGAACACCUGCCGGCUGCCCAGAGCUGCGUGGCUUUCGGCUCCCGCCUGCGCCUCGACCUGGGCCAGCCCGCGCUGGCAGCCGGGCUUUGGCUCGAGCUGGGCAACGAGCUGCGCUCCGGCGGGGAGCCGGGCCAAGCCGUGCCGGCCCUUCUGCGCGCCGCAGACCUCCUGGCGGUCGCCCAGCUGCCCCUGGAGGCUCUGCGCUGCCUACGCGACGUGGCCUCCUGCCUGCUGCUUUGCCGCGACCACGAUGGUGCUUUGGCUGUGCUCACCCAGGCGCAGCUGAUGGCUCAGGCCGGCACAGGACCCUCUGCCGGUGGAUCGACAUCUUCGGCUGCCGCAGCCGCUUCUUCAUCCGUUCCGGUCAGCCCGCCGCCGGGAGCCUUCCUCGACGAGCUGCUGCACUGCGAGGUGGCCCGCGUCCUUCUCCUCCUGCUGCUCCAGCCGCCGCCUUCCAAGCUGAUGCCCGAGCACGCCAAGACCCUCGAGAAGUACUCCUGGGAGGCCCUGGAUGCCUCGCCGGGCUACGUGCCCUCAGAGCUCUUCCUGCUGCUGCAGUCCGCUGUCAUGGCUUGCCAAGAGAAAGACCUGGAGGCGCUCAAGGUGCUGCAGAAGGAACUCUGGCCGCUGCUCACUCCGGAGCAGAAUCACCUCCUCCAUCUGGUGGUACAGGAAAUGAUCAGUCCCUCAGGUCAGGGGAUAUGACCAAGGGUACUUUGGUAUAGCCUACGGUUCUUAGACAACUCUUUUUUGUUUUUCACAGAAGUGUUGCAAAGAAGGUUUGCUUUGCUGAUGGAAGUGACACUUCAGUCUCUGUCCUCCUAGCUUCCAGCCUGCAUUUUCCAUUAAGUCUACUGCACCUUUUCUCUGCAUGAAGGAAACACGGUGGCAAAGCACUGCCUUUCAUUCUAUUGGGGCUUACUUUCUUCCUAUCCACAUCUAUUCUUUCCUAACAUUACUUAGACUUCACUAAGGACUUGAGAGAAAAACACGAGGUGUCCCACAUUCCCCCCCCCCCCCGCUGUUGGGCUGAUUUUAUCAUAUUGGACUUUAUAAAACACUUUCUUCAUCAUUGGUUCCAGAAAUUACACUUAAUUUAUAACACAUUGUAAACUUGAAAGUAAUGUUGCGGAAUUUUAAAUGUUGAUACUUAUUUAUAUUUUACAUUUUAAAGUGUAAGUACACAUGUGAGAGGUAGCUGUGUUCUCUUGCACAUGGCUUUGUGUUGAACUGCUGGAUUCUUGCUUGAAAACUAUGCUGCCAGUUUUCUUCUUACGUUAUUGGAACCGUCCACAACCAAGUGUCCUCUAGAUUGCUUUGCACUACAACUUGUCUCAGCCCCAGCCAGCAUGGCUUGAUGGAAGCUGUAGUGUAGUCUAAAACAUCUGGAGAGUACCAGGUUGGGGAAGGCUUUUUUAGUGUUUGAAUACAAAAUUCAUUACAGUAAGCCCACAACAUAUGCAGGAGUUACAUUCCAGGUUUCACAACUGGUUCAAUGGCAGAUGGGAUUGCCAGUGUCAUUUCCCCCAUAUAUACACAAAUUGCUGCACACGUAAAGCUGAAUGCACGAAAGUUAAAUGCACUUAAGUUGCAGGCUUACUGUAAUCAUUAUUCAAGAAUCAAAAAAAUCCUGUCCGUUUAAAAUCAGAUUUAAGAGACUUUCAUGUAGGCCUAGACUGCAUAAAGCCAGCAAAUUGAAAACCAAGGCUGAUGCUUUAAUGUGUGCUUGUGCCCCAGGGAGAUCACUUUGGUGGUGAAAACUGAGCAAAAUAAAAAUGAUAUUGUGCAGUGUCACAAGUUGCUGAUUUGAAACUUAGCCUUAGUGCACCACACAUUUCCUUUGCCUUCCAGCCUUAAAUCCAGAUGAGAGUAAAAAUGCCUGGGACUUGCAUAAAUGCCUCAUAUAGUCCUGGUCUUGUAUUGCCUUAUGAAGCUUUGUUAGAGAGCAAACAUAUUUGUUACUUAUAUCAGUAAGUAAUGGGUAGGAGGGGGAGGUCUUCUCUGCUGCAGAAAAGGAUGAGGGUGGUACUGGUAAUGCUUGAGGUGUGUGCAGUCUUAUUUCCUAGUACAGUCGUACCUUGAAUCCUGAACACCUUACAAGUCGAACGUUGUGGCUCCUGAAUGCCACAAACUUGGAAGUGAGUGUUCCGGUUUGCAAACGUUCUUUGGAACCCACCUUCCAAUUGGCUGCAGGAGCUUCCAGCAGCCAAUGAGAAGCCACACCUUGGUUUCCGAACGUUUUGGAAGUUGAACAGACUUCAGGAACAGGUUCCAUUCGACUUCCGAGGUAUGACUGUACUGUUGUAAUCGCUGAUGAUGCUAAUGAUAAUAUAUGUAAUAACUUUCGAAAAUAAUCCCUUUAUAUAUAUCAUAGACUUUAAAAGAGGCAACAGCAAAAGAUGCAUCUGGGAAGUCGUCAAAGUACAGAUUUUGAGCAGGAAUAGGUUGCUUAAUUAUUUAUGCAGGCAACCCCUUACUUACGCAUGUUCAAUAGGUGUGCAAUUGUACAUACAGUGGUACCUCUGGUUACGUACUUAAUUCGUUCCAGAGGUCCGUUCUUAACCUGAAACUGUUCUUAACCUGAAGCACUACUUUAGCUAAUGGGGCCUUCCGCCACCACCGCACAAUUUCUGUUCUCAUCCUGAAGCAAGGUUCUUAACCCGAGGUACUAUUUCUGGGUUAGUGGAGUCUAACCUGAAGUGUAUGUAACCCGAGGUACCACUGUACGUGCAUCACAUCGAACCCAGAAGUGACCUUAAAACAUUCCAAAAAAGGGGUGGAAUGGAUGUGUGUGUGCACAGGCUUUUUCAAUGGUGUUUCAAAUAUAUGAUUUCACUAACAUGCCCGGUGCCUCAGAACGUAACCACCACAUAAAUGGGGGGGGUGUGCCCUGUAUUUCAGUCCAUUUUUAGGCUCAUGCCUUUUCUACUUUAAAAGUCACUCACUGGAAGUUACAUGAAGUGUCAAGUUAGACAACUGAGCUCACAAAUCUUAGCCCAUACUUCAUUUAUGUUGUGUGCUUGCAGUCUGAAAAAAAGAAGUGUUGGAAGAGCAUAAGAGCCAGCUUCUUGGGGCUGAGGUCUGUUUGGGCCCUCUAAUAAAAUAUUUGAGGGGUCCACCCCCCACCCCACCCCCGUUGAUGGGCUUUGCCAUUCAAAUGGUGUAUGUGCGCUGUGUCAUGUGUUUGGUUAUGCAUGGUGGGGCUUACCUGCCCCCACCCCAAUAUUUUAUUUAAGUUGGUACCCCUGUGGAAGAGGGUGCUUCUACUCACUUCUUUAUACCACCCAGACUGCUUUAUCACCACCAAACGACUCUAGUGCCAAAGCAAUCUCAGGUAUCUUGGCAGCAUAUAUGUGAUGGAAGUAAUAAAUAAAUGUUUCUUAUUCAUGUUGCAGUUCCAAUCCAGAAUGAAAACCUUUUUUCAUUCUUAGUGUUGUGCUACACAAAAGAUCAGUUUGAAAUUUGGCAUAUUCACAAUGGGUAGAUCACGUAGGACAGACAAUGUGGUGCUCCUCAGAUAUUCUAUAGAACAUUAGGGCUUAUAAUAAUGGGACUUCAUUUGUCUUUUUGUCCUACCCUUCUUAACUAAAGGGAAUUCCUGUUCCUC